ACUGGCAAACCUAGCAUUUCGCGUGCCGCGGGGCGCGACGGCGAGCUCACGCCCUCACACAGACGACGCGCGCCGGCGCCGCCUCUCUCCCCUCCCCGGUCCCGACCACGUCGUCCUCCCGCAGCCUUUCUCCCGCCGAAGCCACCGAGCAGGAGCAGCAAGCCGAGGUCUAGGCUGCUAAGGUAAAACAAGGUCGGGUAGCUAGAGCAGGCGCCGGCGACGUACGCGCAGUUCCCGGCGAUGUCGGCGGCGGCGGCUACGGCUACUACUGGGACGUACUCCCCGGCUGCGUCCGCCGGGGAAAAGCGGAGGGAGAGGAAGGAGGAGCUGCGGCGCCACCUCGCCGAGGACGCCGACUGGCCCCGCGCUGACGGCCGCUCCUUCCACGACUGCCGUCCCGCAUUUAUGCAAACAGGGCCAACAACUGCCGCAUCAGGAUCUGCCUAUGCAGAAUUUGGGAAGACAAAGGUCAUUGUGUCAGUGUUUGGACCAAGAGAAAGCAAAAAAACAAUGAUGUACAGUGAUACCGGUAGACUCAAUUGCAAUGUGAGCUAUACAACAUUUGCCACCCCUAUACGUGGACAGGGAACAGACAACAAGGAGUACUCUGCAAUGCUUCAUAAAGCCCUGGAAGGCGCAGUGAUGCUUCACACUUUUCCAAAGACCACUGUUGAUGUUUUUGCCUUGGUUCUUGAGUCUGGUGGCAGCGAUCUUCCCAUCAUUAUUUCUUGUGCUAGUCUUGCAUUAGCUGAUGCCGGAAUCAUGAUGUAUGAUCUUGUUACAUCAGUAUCCGUGUCCUGUUUUGGGAAGAACAUUAUCAUUGAUCCAACCUCUGAUGAGGAAGCAUGGCAAGACGGCAGCCUUAUGGUGGCAUACAUGCCAGCCCGAAAGGAGAUCACACAGUUAACGCUUACUGGAGAGUGGUCUGAUGGCAAAAUCACCAAUGCGGUAGAGCUCUGCAUGGAUGCUUGCACUAAGCUCUGUGACAUACUGCGGGAGCGCUUGAAAGAUGCUUCCAGCUUGGCUGAGUGAAUAACCCUUUUAGCAGCUAGAUGUUGCAAGCUUAAAACAGAUAUCCUUAGCUGUACAAAUUUUGUAGGCAAGGGAGGCUAAGGCCUGACGUUUUGCAAGAUUAUGCUUAUUGUUUCCUCCGUGGCAAAACUACAAGUUGUUCUGAGAGAAAGUGGUAGAUCUGUAUGUUGUUUUGUACUCCUGGCUUCCAGAGUUUUAUACAUUGGGAUGAUCCUUGAUGCGGUACUCCUGCCCUUAUUUUUUCCAUGUACUACUAUAUUAUUAGUUAUAGACUUAUAUUCGAGCAGCUGAGCUGGGGCUAGUCCUCUCCUACGAUUUGAUAACUUAGUUGGUAAUUACUGAUAACUGUAGUUUGAGUAAGUUUUAAAUGAAAUUGG